AUCGUCGAUUUUUAAACAAUAAAGGAAGCACAACUGGAGUAUUUUCUUUUUUGUUUUACACGUUUAUGAUUUUCCAAAGGUUCGAUUGACGUAUUUUCUCCGCGUCUCUGAAACUUUCAUCCGAAAUUCACUCAAAAACGGACGUGUUUUAUGAUAAAUUUAACUAACGGCAAUAAGAAAGACAACAUUUCUAACCGCUAAACGUGAAUUCUUUAUAAUACAACAUUUAAUUCACAUUCGGCUAAGAAAGAAAGAUAGUUUUAAUCAUUCAGUCAUCCCGUUAUUUCGUGACACAGCAAUGGAGCAGCAGGCAGGACCGUUGCUCUGCUCUCCGUCAGCCCAUCAGAGCAAGAUGCAGGCGACCAUAGGGGUGGGGCUUCACUGUGAAGGCGUGGCCAACCAGUGGAGCCCAUACUGUAAAGAAGAACUGAUGAGUGGAGGAGAAGAGCUGAGCUUCGAGGAGCUGCGGGCAGAAAGAUACAACCAGAACAAACAGAAGGAGAUAGAAGAGAAAAUGAGACAUCUGGUGGAGCAGAAGGAGCAGCUGAGUCAGGAGCUGGAGAAGAAGAGGCUGUUGCUGCUCAAAAAGUCACAAGAGGUCAGUGACUCGAAUCCACCUCCUGCUGCUGCUCCCUUUAAAAUACUCGACGAGUCUCAGUGCGGUUCCGAAGAGUCCGCUGGGAUCUCCGAGCCAUCUUCAAACGAGGUGCCGGACGACGUCUUCCUGUGUCCUGGAGAGAAAGGACUCUGCGUGAAGGUCCAGUUACCUCCACGCCCAGGCGAGAGCCGUCAACGCACCCAGCUGACCGGUCAGCCGGGACCGACCUCAGAGGACAUCCGGACCGAGCAGGACUCUGAUCCCGGAGCGGUGUGCCAGAAAACAGUCUCUAAACCCAAAAAGGAGCUAAGCCCCAUACAGGAGACCAGUAUGGAAGCUGGAUCCCUGACCUCUCUGGGAGAACUGUCAGCUGUAGAUCCCUGUGACCUCGAAGUUCAUAGACAGCUGUUGAAACUCUGUGACAUCACUUCCUCUCAAGACUUGCAUUCAGAGCAACGUCCCCUACCUGCUGUUGAGGAGGACAGCCUUCUGGACCUUGGGGGCGACAUAUUCUUCAUUCACACCAGAUAUUUGGACAGAGGCAGCUUCUCCAUCUUCAAAGGGUUUAAAGCAACUGCAGAGAAUGAGUGUUUCUACAUGAAGGUGGACAGCUGCUCCGUCCCCUGGGAUUUUCACCUGUUUAACCGUCUUAAGAAGGACUCACCAUCUGCUGACAGAAUUCCUCAGAUCAGCUGUUUCCUGUUUGUGGACGGCUGCAUCACUAUCUACACCCCGCCUGCAGACCACCUGUUCACAGAUCUGGCAGAUUCUAACCCGGAUGAGUUAUGUGUAGGUAUUAAAGCCAUCAGCUUGUUGCAGCUGGUGUUGCAGCUUCACUCCUGCAGCCUGCUACAUGCAGGGCUGCAGCCCAGCAUUCUCGCCUCCUGUCACAGAGGUUUGCAGGACUGGCUCUUCCCAGUGGACUGGUCAUCCUCGCUGGAUCUGGUUCUUCAGAAAGACCUUACAUCAGUCCAGCAGCUCCUGUCAGCUCAGACCUACAUCAGUCUGGGUCUACUGCAGCCCACUGACCCACCAUACACGGUGGACCUGGUGGGGGUGGCUGAAACUGUCUACUUCCUCCUGACCAAUGACAAGAUGAUCCCAGUGAAAGACGGACGUGGCUGGACAGUAGAGCAGUACAGUGGUGAUGGACCUUGCGACAUCUUCACCAGGACGUGGCGAAGAUUUUUCCGUUCGUUGCUGAACGCCGGCAUUGGCUCAUCAACGUCUGUCCUGUCGGAGCUGAAGGAUGAACUUUCUUCACUUUAUCUCUGAAACAUCAGGGUUACAUGUUGUCUGUGUCUUAAUUUUUUAUUUUUUUGGUAACUAAAUAAAAUAAAAACACUAUUUGCUGUAA